UCCUUUCGUUUUCGCAAAGAAAUUUUGUUGACUAUCGAGAAACCACAGUGAAAAAUAAUUUGAGUAAUAAUUGUUAUCAGAACGUAAAACUUCGCGUAAUUGUUUCCUAUCCCAAUCACCGGAGACGUUCGCAAGCGGUACACGAUGGAGGUUUGUCGAACGUGCAUGAAUGCAAACCGUACGGAGCACCACCAGCGUAUGAUUCCGAUCUAUUCCAAGCUGGACGAUGCCUUCAUCGCGAACAUCAUCAUGGACUGUACCGCCAUCGAGAUCCAAGAGAACGAUGGCCUGCCACCUUACGUGUGCUCCGGAUGCAUGGAAACCCUCAAGAUUUUGAUAAGUUUCAUAAAAACUGUUCGCGACUGUGAUCGCCAGCUUCGUAUGAUAUGCAAGCCAGAAUCAACCCAGUGCCACAAACCAGCCGAAGUUGCCAAUACAAACGACGACGUAGCUCUGGAAAACGAAUCGGAUGUGUUCCAGUUCACUGAGAUUAAAAUUGAACCGAUAGAAGGCCUUGUGGAUGAGGUUGCGGAAAAUCCGUAUCUGGAAGAAACCGUUGAAAGUGACCCAGACGCCGUGGUUCAAAGUGAAGAUGAGGAUUCUCAAAGUUCGGGCGAGGAGAGUGAAAGCGAAAGCGACUGGAAAGGUAGUGAUGAUGAAAUAGAGCUAAUAGUACGUAAGAAGCCUGGGCGCAGGCCAAAGCCCAAACCUGCCAACACGGAUGAUAAGCCAUUAUUGAAUAAGCGUCGUCACAAGCCAGAUGAGGACCUAGAGAUGAACGAGCAUGAGCUUGAACUUUAUACAGUUAUUCAAGUUCAGCCGGGUAGCCAUACAUGCUGCGGAUGUUUACUGAUAUUUAAGUCAGCCGAAGAGCUUGAGACACAUCGAAACAAAGCUCAUGUUCGAAAACGAGAAUCAAAAGUAAAACCAACGUCCAAAGUGCUUUGUGACGGAUGUCUACGGAAGUACAAGUCUAAACGUCGCGUCAAUUACCACAAAGAACGCGUUCGGCAAUUGGAAAUCAUUUGGGAAUGUAACAAAUGCAAGAAUCGAUUCAGUGAGGCAACACGGCGACGGAAUCAUUCUAGGAAGCACCCGUACAAACGCGGUCCUAGCACAGUGGUAGCUCCUAUCAAGGAAGCGGUCCAACAAGAACUGGGCUGGAUAUGCUGCGCACAGGCGUGCGGUCAGUCGUUCAAGACGGAAAAAGAUAUGGUUGAUCACGCACACAAAGCCCAUCAGAUCAACAAACAAGAGGCGGAUAUGGAGGACCACGUGGAGAAGCCAGUACAGUGCCAGGUCUGUUACCGACGGUUCUCCGACAAAAACGGACUCAUAAACCACCAGCAACGACUCUACAAGCUGCAAAAAUAUCAAUGCGCUCUGUGUGGCUUGCAGUUUAACAGCGGAGGGCGGCUCACGGAGCACGAACUGACUCAUCAGAGCGAUAAGCCGUUCAAGUGCGACGUUUGCAACAAAGCAUUCACACAGAAGGGCAACUUGAAAACUCACAUGACGAUUCACUCCAACGAGAAACCGUUUCAGUGUACCGUCUGUGGUUCUUCCUUCCGGCAGAAGGGCGGUUUGAAGGCCCACAUGUCGAAUCAUGUGGACAUUCCGCAGUUUAAAUGUGAGGUCUGCUCGAAAAUGUUCAAAGCGAAACUACAUCUGCGUUACCACAUGCGCAUUCACAAUGGCGAAAAGAAGUUCCCGUGCCGCUACUGCGAAAAGGCUUUCACCGAUUUUACCAAUCGAAUGAGACACGAAAUGAGUCAUACUGGAAUUAAACCCUAUAAAUGCUCCUUCUGUGACAAGACGUUCAUACGUAAGCGAUUCCAAUUGGAACAUGAAAGUACUCAUACAGGCGUGAAACUAUACAACUGUGAAGUGUGUCUGCAGGGCUUUGGACAGAAAAAUUCGCUUAAAAAACAUUUGCAGACUAGCCACCCCAAUCUGGCCCGCGUAGAUGAUGAUGGAGACGAAGGUGGUAGCAGCAGUUACCACAAGUCACAAGCCUCUCCAACCGGAAGCACCAACAGCAACAGCAGCACAUUGUCGGUGCAACAUCUGCAGCACCGUAUGCCACCCCAAACGCACCCGAUUCCGUUGAUCAACCAGCAGCAACUGCACAUUAUGUCGGCCUUCCAUCAUCAACCACAUUAAGGAGGUGUUUCGGAAUAAUUAACAGAUGUUUACAUUAAACCAAGUUCAUUUUAUAAGGACUAUCAACAACUGUGACUAUAAAAUACGUGUUGAACCAA